CGCGCGUGCGACGACUCCAGGUUUCAGUCCUGCUGCUGCCGCUCGCCACCCGGGCAAAACAGCUAUACAUAACGAUAGAAACGCCCGCGCCCGACCGCCCGACCGUCGUCGAUACAACAACCAACCACCACAACUAACCAACCAACCAACCCUUAAAUCUCAAAUCUCAAAUAAUUUAUUAACAAAUUACAAGAGAAAGGAAAAACUUUCCGAACACCCCCCCAAAAAAAAAAACCUAAGUAAAGUGUUUAAAGUGCAAAGGAUAACGACGCUAAACAGCAAGAUGGUAACCAGGACGAAAAAGAUAUUCGUGGGUGGCCUUUCAGCGCCCACGACCCUUGAAGAUGUCAAAAAUUACUUCGAGCAGUUCGGUCCGAUCGAGGACGCCAUGCUGAUGUUCGACAAACAAACAAACCGACACAGAGGAUUUGGAUUCGUUACAUUUCAAAGUGAGGACGUCGUAGAUAAAGUUUGCGAGAUCCACUUCCACGAGAUUAACAAUAAAAUGGUCGAGUGCAAGAAAGCUCAGCCGAAAGAAGUGAUGCUACCAGCAAACCUGGCAAAGACCAGGGCAGCAGGCCGCGGCACUUACGAUUUUAUGUGGUCACUUGGAGCUCUGCCGGACGGUUUUCCGGCCGCGUACGCAGCCUAUGCGGCCGGUCGAGGUUAUUCGGGAUAUCCUAGUUUCGGACUACCGUAUCCUACAGUGGAUCUAACCAACGGACAGCUCACACCUAACAAUAAUACCCCACUGCUGACUCAAGCAUUGUCAGGGUCGUCGGCGACGAACUGGAGCCAACCUUCAGGAGCCGACCAAACAGCGCCCCAACACCACUUCUCCGUUUCAUUUGCAGUCAUGAACAAUUAUCAAGCGGCGGCGGCGGCUGCCCAGGGCUUCGGUCCUCCGGCCUCCCCACAUACGGCCAACACCAGGGGUGGAUUCCCUGCGGCCAAUUCUCCUGGACCCACCAUCGACAUGUACAACAGCAGUGCAGGAGACAGCGUUGGCUACGUCCAGGCUGCGAGCCCUCAGCCAUCCACUUUCCCUGCUAUCGCCGUCAGUCGCGCCCCACUCAACUACAGUCCGGGUCCUUUAAUCCCCGCUGCGUUUACCAACGGCUAUCACUGAGCUAUUGGACAUCUUGUCUAGUGUGUUGUGUGACUCGACUCGACUGUGUCAUCUCACACCUGCACUUGUACAUUCACUAUAUGUGUAUAAUAAUAAUAAAAAAAAAAGAAGUAUAAUAAUAAUGUAGCACCCCCCCUCCCCCGCUAGGCGCGGCCCACUUGUUGUUGUAAUGUUUGGUGUCAACGUGCCGCUUCGCCGCCCCCCCCCAAACCGGAGCCCGCCAAGUGGCCGCAAAAACCAUUGCAUAAUAUUGUAAACAAAAGAAAAACAACUAACACCACCACCACCA